AUUUUAUAAUCCAUUCUCCCUUUCAUCCGAAUCGCAUUUCCCUUACCACUCUUGUCGUUCCUUUUUCCUUUUGAAGAUUUGUUUUUUCUUCCAAAAGGAUUCUAGGAGACAUUCUCCCAGACUUAAUACUUGCGAUACAAGCUGAGAAAAGAGCGAGCAUUCGGUUUGUUCGGUUUUUGCCUUCUUUUCUCGUCAAUUCAUUCUCGUCGGUUCUCCUUUUGAACAUUCGUUCUUUUCGGGAGCCUUUCGAAAAAGCAACAGCUUCGUCAAGUCGAUUCCAACGAUAACACAACUCUCACUCCUUCACCGCGAUUUUAUCCGACAAGAAGACCAACCAUUGCAAUCAUGGCGGAUCAACUCAGCAGCGGCAUGGGCAACCUGUCCAUCGACCAGCAGCCCCCCUCGGGCCCCCAGAUGGGAGGCCAGGGCCAGAUGAGGCGCUCUUACAUUCCUCCUCACCUUCGCGGCAAGAUGGGCGACGCUGCUCCUCCUAUGGCCGGCCCCAACGGUCUUAACAACAGCGCUUGGGCUGGUAACAACAACUACGACGCUCGUGGCCCAGGAGGCGGCAACUGGCCCGCUCCCGGUGGUCCCGCUCCCGGUGGCCCCCCUGGCCCUGGCUUUGAGGGCCAGCAGGGCGCUGGCUGGGGCGGCCCUCGUCCUCAGGGCGGCUUCAACCCCAACGCGUACCGCGGUAACGCUGGCGCUGGCGCCGGUGCCGGUGCCGGUGGUGGCGGCAACUUCAGCAACCGUGGCUCUGGCGAUGGUCAGUGGCGCGAUGGCAAGCACAUUCCCGGCCCUGCCAACCCCCGCGUCGAGCGUGAGCUCUUCGGUACCCCCGACGACCCGUCCAAGCAGCACACUGGUAUCAACUUCGAGAAGUACGAUGACAUUCCCGUUGAGGCCUCCGGUGACAACGUGCCCGAGCCCGUUCUUACCUUCAGCAACCCUCCUCUGGACAACCACCUCAUUUCCAACAUUCAGCUCGCCCGCUACAAUGUCCCCACUCCGGUUCAGAAGUACUCCAUCCCCAUCGUCAUGGGUGGCCGUGAUCUGAUGGCUUGCGCCCAGACUGGUUCCGGCAAGACUGGUGGUUUCCUCUUCCCCAUUCUUUCUCAGUCUUUCCACACUGGUCCGUCUCCGAUUCCCGCCAGCGCCGCUGGUGCCUAUGGUCGUCAGCGCAAGGCGUACCCCACCGCCCUGAUCCUUGCUCCCACUCGUGAGUUGGUCUCUCAGAUCUACGACGAGGCUCGCAAGUUCGCCUACCGUUCGUGGGUUCGUCCUUGCGUCGUCUACGGUGGUGCCGAUAUCGGCUCCCAGCUUCGCCAGAUUGAGCGCGGCUGCGAUCUUCUUGUUGCUACUCCUGGUCGUCUUGUCGAUCUCAUCGAGCGUGGCCGUAUCUCCCUCUGCAACAUCAAGUACCUCGUCCUUGAUGAGGCUGAUCGCAUGCUUGACAUGGGUUUCGAGCCUCAAAUUCGCCGUAUCGUUGAGGGUGAGGACAUGCCCAAGGUCAAUGACCGCCAGACUCUCAUGUUCUCGGCCACUUUCCCCCGCGACAUCCAGAUCCUCGCCCGCGAUUUCCUCAAGGACUACAUCUUCCUGUCCGUUGGUCGUGUCGGUUCCACCUCUGAGAACAUCACCCAGAAGGUCGAGUACGUCGAGGAUAUUGACAAGCGUUCCGUCCUUCUCGACAUUCUCCACACCCACGCCGGAGGUCUCACCCUUAUUUUCGUUGAGACCAAGCGCAUGGCCGAUUCGCUGUCCGACUUCUUGAUCAACCAGAACUUCCCCGCUACUUCCAUUCACGGUGACCGCACUCAGCGUGAGCGUGAGCGCGCUUUGGAGAUGUUCCGCAACGGUCGCUGCCCUAUUCUGGUUGCCACUGCUGUCGCUGCUCGUGGCUUGGAUAUUCCCAACGUCACCCACGUCAUCAACUACGAUCUUCCUACCGACAUUGAUGACUAUGUCCACCGUAUCGGUCGUACCGGUCGUGCCGGAAAUACUGGUAUUGCCACCGCUUUCUUCAACCGUGGCAACCGUGGUGUCGUCCGCGAGCUUCUUGAACUCCUCAAGGAGGCCAACCAGGAGGUUCCUGCCUUCCUUGAGACCAUUGCCCGCGAGUCCUCGUUCGGCGGUGGCCGUGGCGGUCGCGGUGGCGGUCGUGGCGGCGGUCGCGGUCGCACUCAAACUGCCGAUUACCGCAAGUUCGGCGGUUCCGGUGGUGGCGGCUUCGGCGGUGGCUUCGGCGGUGCUCCCGCUAGCGGCGGCUACGGCGGCGGCGGCUACGGUGGUGGUGGUGGUCCUCCCGCUGGUGGCUACGGCGGUGGUGGUGGUGGUGCUGGCUACGGCGGCGGUGGCGGCGGCGGCGGCUAUGGUGGCGGCGGUUACGGCAACCCUGGCGGUGCCGGUGGCCAGUCUUGGUGGUAAAUUAUCUUCAACCACUAUUUCCCGCAGCCGCACCAUGCUGCGAACAUGGCCAACGGCCAGAUCGGAUAUUAUUCGACGCUUUCUUUGUGGAAUUUCUUAUCAUACUCUUUUCGAUUUCUGAUUUUUCUUCGGCAUUUCUUAUCGCGGCGAAGACAUGGCCUUUUCCUCCCACACCGGGUUUGGGAGGAGCAGGCUUCUAAGGCUUACACUCGGGCUUUCACGAUAGACAUCCUCGCCUUGUUUUGUUCAUUCCGAGAACUCCCGACAACAACUUGAUACCCUUAGAUCGCGAAAGCUUGGGCCUUCUACAAGAGAAGAGCUGCGAGAUGGUGCGUUUUUGCAUCAAUUGCAGCCCACGGUUGACAUGAUUUAGAACGAACUAGAUCUCUACGUCAGCCUUCACGAUGUCAUGUUUCUGCUCUUGCCGUUCAGAGAGAGCCUUUUGCUUUCACAUAGAUGAAUGGGUCAUGACGCGCCGCCAACUUUUUCAUGUUUUCUCUUUUUCUCUGGACAUUACACAUCAUACAUAGACAAAAGCGGAUUACUCGGUUCCUCUGGCCGCGGUCGACCUACGACACCGCGUCUGGGCAGUCUCUCCCAAGGAUUUCUUUUCUUCGAUGGGGUUGUUUUUUUCCAGAGAGACCUUGUCUCAUAGACCGGUAAUUGUUUUUUCGGCAGAUGAGAAAUGAAAAGGAUGCGGGAGGAAAAGAACGCGCGCGUUUACGAUGGUUAGCAGGAAGCAUGAUACCCUUUUUUUCGACAUACGCAUGGUCUUUUUUAGAGACUGGGAAGAAGGGGAAAAGUGCGUCCUUCUUGGGUUCUUAAUUGGGUUUGA